AUGAGUGGCGCGCUGCUGAGCUGGCAUAAGGCUCUGUUUGUCUGCUGUAAUAGAGAUGCCUUUGAGAGCAGCCUGUAUCAGCCCGCAGGACACAUUCCACACUUUCCUCCACAAACUGUGGCCUGCUGUCAGGCUGGGGUCCUAAAUGUGCACAUUGUGGGGGCUCUGCUGCCUUCUGACACGGCCACAUUCACAGAGGGUUAUAGGCUCACUGGGACUGGGAGAGUUAAAGGGCCACCCAGGACCGGCGCUCUAAGCCUGAUCAUCAGUGGCUGUCUCAGCAUGGCUUACAUGUGGUCUGUUUACCAACAGCAGGCUUCAGCAGGAUGA